AUGGAAUUAACCUUAACAUCUGAAGAAAUUGACAAGUGUUUCAUUCUGAAUAAACACAAUGGUCAGAACGAAUACAGCGGAGAUGGGCUUAUUAAGAUGGUUCGCGAUAAAAUUCACAACCUUUGGGGCUUUGUAUUCAGAACUAAAUCAAAGCCUUUAAGCUCAGGACCAUCCAUUUAUUUCUAUCGGAAAUGUGAGUCGUCGGAUCGCACGUCAUUUCAAAGUCACAUCACUGUUCAUGUAAAUGAAAGUGAAGUGAUAAAUAAGAAUUCAGCGAAAAUGACGGUCAGUAAUUGA